AUGGGAAGAGUAGCCAAGUACAAAAAGAUCAAAUCAUUUGAUCCAUACUCCAAGAAGAAUGGCGGAAGGGUCGAUCUUUCCAAAGUCGGUAUGUGGGGAUUGGGAGAAAGCGGAAGACAACCCAAGAAACGGAGUCGUCGAGCCGAAGUUUUGAGACGGAACAAGAAACGAAAAACGAACGAAGCGAACGAAGGAUUUGAUCUUCCUCCCAGUGAGCGAGAUGAUGAUUUCAGCAUGAAGGAUUUGGAUGGCAGUGUCAAGAAGCAGAAAGUGGAAACCUUGAGAGCGGCUCCAUCCAGCAAUACCGAGACCCGAAUUAUGGUGGGGAGAAAUGUGGCAACCAUUCCCAAAACAGAUGCCGACGAAAGAGCAGUAGCAAGAGUCCUUAGGGUGGAUAAGCAGAAUAGAGAAGUUGAAAAGAAAAAGAGACUGAAAGCGCAAGCGCGUCUCGAAGGAGAAAGCAAGAGAGCAUAUGCCCGACGAACAAAGUCAGAGACUCGACAAAUUGUGAAACAGAGCACAGUGGUAAAAAAUCCCGAGAAAAUGCAGAAAAAGAAGGAGUUCCUUAACAAGAAAAAGAACAAGAACAAAUUUAAGCAACAGGAAAGCGACUUUGUCGGCACUGAGGAGGAGAUGGAGAAGGAUAGGCAACUAGAUAUGCCCCCAGAACCCGAAGAAGUUCAUUUCACCGAACAAGUAGAGCGACCACCCAUGUUCAAGCAGCUACCAAGAGGUGCAAAGGCCAAAGAGAAAAAGAGCAAAGAGGGUUCAAAACCGGGAAUGACAGAAGCCCAAGUGAAAGCAGAGUCUACUGCGAUGGAAUUGAUACGGCGACGAGUACAAGUACAAUACGCUUCAAUCAAGGCAAGACGGAAACAAGCUGGAGAGUUUCAUUUGUAG